AUGUCGGAACUCAAUUUUAGUGGUUUCAGAAAAGACGAGCUUUUGGAGGCCGCCAAGAAGAUAGGCAUCCAUGCCCUUGCUAAGGAUACGAAGAAGGUAUUGGUAGACAAGUUUACUGCCUAUAUUGAUGACCAUCCCGAAGACGGAGUUUUGACGGUUCAAAGUGUUUUGGAAUUGGAUUCCGAUGAGGAAACCGCUACUGAGGAUGCUGGCGAGGAUCUCGAAGGCGAGGCUGGUGCAGACUACCAACCAGGACCCCCAAUCAACCUUAAAGAAUGGGUUGUUGACCCCGCAAUCGACUUGUACGAACGCGCCUAUUCGCAGGUUCUUGAACUUACCGAUAAGGUAGGAAUCACCACGUUGGACAUUAACGAUGAGUUGAGAGAAAACCUUUCCAAGCUGAUCACCCUCAACUUUUUGGAGGUGUUUUUGGAGUUUUCAUUCUUCUUGUACACGUUUGUACCCAUCAAACCUAUCAAGCACAAUCCUACCGUGCACCAAGUUUUCAAGGAUAACAUUGAGUAUUUGUCCACGAGUACGUUCCCUCUUCCUGAUAUUACUGCUUUGUGGGACCCAAAGGUGUUGUCUGUUGCUUUUAACUGGGCUAUCACCGCCAUCUUGGUGCCAUUGGUAAUUUCCUACUAUGUCAACUUUUCUCGCCGAGUGAUUGUGUAUGAUGAAGAUGCUGGAAUUGUUGCUCGUAUCUACAAGUUUGACCCAUUCGUGUAUGCGUUGUCCAAGUUGUUGAUCUUUUAUUUUAUCACCAAGAACUUUGGACACUUGACCACCUUGACUUCAUACAAGGGUAUCUGGAACGCGUUGAAGAACUUCAUUGCUAUCCAACUUGGUAUCUACGGACAAUUCACCUCGCUCUUGGGUAACUUCCCAUUGGUCAUUGGUGCUGCCAAUGUUGUAACUGCCAUCUACUCUCAAUUCGAAGAAUAUUGA